UAACAUUUCGACUGGGUUUGUUUGCAGUUUUAGGUCCUGGAGGAAUCAUUAUUGUCACGCAUAUGGAAGCCGCUCAGCCAUUCGCCUGGAACUCAGAAGUGUAGUUAUGACGCUAAACUUUAACUUUCUGUGGUCUUUUCGUGAUGCCUCUGAGUCCUUUCAGGAGAUGUAUGUUGACACUAAUAUAAUAAACUUAGAUUCAUCUGGAUAAAAUUUACUUUGGGACAGAUAGUGGUUUUUACUAAUUUUAUGUACAAGCGAGGUGUCCAUGCAAGGAACAGCAGUAACACAGCAUUUUCUGCGCUGCUCGUUUUUACAGCGCGUUCAGGACCCUUUCCUUGUGCGGGCGGACGAAGGGCUUUUGAUCUUCUAAAGCUGGCAAUACAAAAACGUGGAAACUGGAUUGCAACUUGACAGGUUUGUGACUAGCCUACUUGCCAAGCGAUUUUGAAAAUCCGCUCCCCAGAUUUUCGUCAUAGCCGCAGAGUCGGGUGGAACUGAGAACGGGAAGGUUUCCUUCCAACUGAACUAAAGUCAGGUCAUUAAGAUAGCAGCGCAGAAACAUCGCAGGUUGCAUAAACGAACAGACAUCUGUUUUACCAUGGCUGCUGUGGACAGCUUUUCCUUCUUGCUCAGAGAGAUUGGGCAGGCCUGCAGCUGUGUCAUAGAGACAUUGGCUUUCAUUGGAGCCUUCUACAUAAUGAAGACAUCCCUCACUGUUGCAAGCAACACGUACAGCCUGAUCAGGUUGUAUUUCAUUCCUCGGCUGGUCAGCAGGCCUGAUUUAGUCAAACUGUAUGGAAGCUGGGCUGCUGUAACAGGUUGUACCUCAGGCAUCGGGAAGUCCUAUGCUAAAGAGUUGGCAUGCCAUGGGGUGAAUGUUGUCUUAAUAAGCCGGAACAAGGAGAUGUUGGAAGCUCUUGCCAAAGAUAUUGAGGAUUCCUACAAGGUCGAAACGGAAGUAGUUGUGGCAGAUUUCAGCAGGGGCCGCCAGGUGUACCCUGCCAUCAAGAAGGCCCUGCUAGGCAAAGAGACUGGCAUUUUGGUGAAUAACGUUGGAGUGUUCUAUGAUCACCCGGAUUAUUUUGCCAAUUUGACAGAGGAUAAAAUUUGGGAUCUCAUCAACAUCAAUAUUGGAGCAGCUAAUAUGAUGGUGCACAUGGUGUUGCCAGGAAUGGUUCAGAGAAAGAAAGGCGCUAUCGUGAAUGUUUCUUCUAUGUCCUCUUACCACCCCUCCCCACGAAUGACGGCAUAUUCAGCCUCCAAGGCUUACCUGGACCAUUUCAGCCGAUCGCUUUAUUAUGAGUAUGCUCCCCAAGGCAUUUUUGUUCAGUGCUUAUGUCCAGCUUUCGUCUGCACCAACAUGUCAAAAUACAGCCCCACGUUAUCCAAAAAGAGCUUGUUUGUGCCUUCUGCAGAUGAAUACGCGCACCAGGCUAUUGCCACCCUUGGACUAUCCAGAAGGACUCCAGGAUACUUCCUCCAUUCAAUCCAGGGUUUUUUUGCACAGAUCAUUCCAGAAUGGCUCUGGGUUAGGGGAGUGAGCCGAUUGGGCACAUUUUGAAAAAAUGCAAUUUUGGGAGGAAAAAACUACAUUAAAAAUAUCAGCUGGAGAACAGAUAACAUCUAGCAGCCUAGUUGGACAGUUACCACAAAACCCCACUCUCAUUGGAUGGAUUUUCUUCAAUGAUAAUGAUGAUGAUAAUAUGUACCUUUUAAAAGAGACUUCAUCUUGCUCCUAUCUCAUUGCAGGGCCCAUCAAGAAUGUUACGCAGGCAGUAAAAAGGAACCCUGUUGUUAGGAAGCUGAUAUUCUUUUGUAUGAUGUCUGUGGGGUCCUGAUUUUUACAUAGUACUGAGUGAUUCUUGCCAGAGUCUUUCUGAUUUGGACAUGAGUGGGCAAUCCUGGGGUCCCCUGAAUGCUAAAGAAGUUGAAUAGGAUGUUUGGGGACUGAACCCCCAUUAAGAGCUGGCAGCAGAGAGAGGUCAUGUGGUGCAUAGCUUGGUGCCCUCCAAGUGGUUUGGACUGCAACAGCUCUGGUGACUAGGACUGAUGGGAGCUAUAGUCCAAAGCAUCUGGAGGGCACCAGGCAGACAAAGGCUUUUUUUACACUGAAACUGGGUACUGCUCUUCAAGUGGAGUAUUCUUGACUUCUUCCCUGGAAGCUUUGUCGGGAACACCUGAAACAAUUUUCUGAGUUGGAAACCAAAUGCUACUUUCUAGAUACUGUGAUUUUUAGUGACUUCCUUCUAUCUGUGUGGUCUCCUGUCAGUGUGCUUUGUAGUGCUCUGAGUUUGGAGCUGUGAGCACUGAUGAAGACACCUGCUUUUUUGUAUCCAGAGAAGACUGGUCUCCCCAGCUAGAAAUAAUAGUACAAUAUAUUGUUUGUCCAUGAAAUGAUGCUCUAUAAACUCAAAUAUUGAAUUAUA